GAGAUCCCUCUCGCUUGGGCGAGUUGCCUGCUCGCUCAAAAACUAGAAGGAAAAGUGGCUUUGAUCACUGGUGGGGCAAGGGGCAUUGGUGAGUGCAUGGCAAGGUUGUUUUCCAAACAUGGGGCAAAGGUUGUAAUUGCCGACAUUCAAGAUGAACUAGGUCAAGCAGUUCAAGCUGACAUAGGAACUGAAUCUGCAUCUUACAUACACUGUAAUGUGUCAAAAGAAAAGGAUGUUGAAAAUGCCGUUAACAUGGCUGUGUCCAAGUACGGAAAGCUAGACAUAAUGGUGAACAACGCUGCAACAAUAGAUGAUGCCAAAGACAUCAUUCUGGACAAUGAUGUGGCUGAAUUCGAACGUGUUGUUAGAGUCAAUCUGAUAGGUCCGUUCUUGGGAACAAAGCAUGCAGCAAGAGUGAUGAUCCCAGAGAAAAAGGGAAGCAUAAUAAGCAUAGGAAGUGUGAGUUCAAGUGUUGGAGGGAUUGCAACUCACGCGUACACAAGUUGUAAACAUGCCAUUGUAGGACUCGCGAAGAAUGGUGCUGCUGAACUUGGAAAAUUUAGCAUCAGAGUGAACUGUGUGUCACCCUACUUCAUCAGUAACGAAUCUGGAAAAGGGUUCUUCAAACUUGAUGAUGAUGGUAGCUCAAAAGUUUACUCAAAUCUUGGAGGAGUUGCUUUGACUGAAGAAGAUGUAGCACAUGCUGCACUCUAUUUGGCAAGUGAUGAAUCUAAGUACAUCAGUGGCCAUAAUCUUGCAGUGGAUGGUGGUUUUACAACUAUUAAUCCAAUUUUCGGUCUCUUUUCACGAUCGUCUUUGUAA